GUAGGAAUUGUGUGUGUGAGUGGAAAUACGUUGUGUUAGGCUGAAAAGUUGGCUAAAAUGUUUAUCUAUACCCCAGUGAAAAGUUUAAACGUACGCUAACCGAACGAAACUGAAAUAUAAAUGCUUUUCCUCUUCAUUGCUUUCUAACAAUGAGUUUUACGGACUUGUACAUGAACGCAUCAAUACUCUGUGAGAAUGACGAAACUCAGGUCAGAGAAGAACAGCAUGCAGAGAGUGGACGUCGUCUCCCUGUUUUCUCUCAGCACCAGCACCGUUAUCCUCCGAGUACCUUUAACUACAUUCGAUUAGCAUUUUUCAGUUUCUUCCAAAUAAAAACUUCGACAUUCAGGUUAACAGGCCAAUCCACCUUCUCCUGGUCUCCUCAUUAUCCACGAUGAAUGUGUCCCAGACGAUAGAGACGGAGGAGGAUCUCCUCCCUUGUCUCCAUGUCAAACUCUACCACCCUCAGCAGAGCUCCAAUAGUCUUUACGGGCUCAUCCCUCUGGGGAAAAGAAGCAAACACCCAGCGGAGGACCCUCUCAGGCUGGGGCGCGAUGGCCAGGCCUGCACUGUCGCCCUGCUCGACACCCGGGUGUCCCGCAAACAGCUGGCCAUCCAAGCCUACUACACCCCCAGAAGCCGGGACAUGCUGUUCAGGAUCCAGAACCUGAGCCAGAGGGCCCAGCUGUCUGUGAACAGCUCAGCGUUGGACUACCUAGAAGUAGUGGAUCUCCCGGACAAAGCCCUGAUCCGGUUCGGACAGUACGAGAUGCUGAUCAUCCGAGAGUCCGGCGAGGCCAAGGCCAGCUUCGAGGUGGAGUUUGAAGUCCUGACAGUGCCUCCGUCCAGAGAGACUUGCACCUGUGAGCCUAGCGUGACCCCUGUCUCGGACACAGAGUCAUUAAUGGUGAACAGUUUGCUAGGAGAACUCAGAAUAAUUGGCCCCAGUGAAACGGAUGAGACUGCAAUAUGUUAUUCAUGAUGUAGAGACUCUUUACUUUCUAACUUAAACUGCUGUGUCAUUGUCACCUCUUUGUAAUGUGAAACUAUAGUAUUAUUCUGCUCCCUAAAGCUGUGAUCUUAAUAUAACUACUUUUAAAAUGCC